UCUCUAUGGUCGUACACAGAAGCAGAAACUAAGCCCGGAAAAAAAGAGCAAAUUUUCAGGUGUUUGUCUCUUGAAUUUGAACGCCAUGUCCUACAAUUACGUGGUAACGGCGCAGAAACCGACGGCGGUGAACGCCUGCAUCACCGGUCACUUCACCUCAGCAGAGGAUCUUAACCUUCUCAUAGCGAAGAACACACGUCUGGAGAUCUAUGUGGUCACAGCGGAGGGAUUACGGCCAGUCAAAGAGAUCGGCAUGUAUGGCAAGAUCGCCGUCAUGGAGCUCUUCAGACCCAAAGGUGAAAGUAAAGACCUUCUGUUCAUUCUGACAGCCAAAUACAACGCCUGCAUCUUGGAGUACAAGCAGAAUGGAGACAGUAUUGAUAUUAUCACUCGUGCUCACGGAAAUGUGCAGGAUCGGAUUGGGCGUCCAUCAGAGACCGGGAUCAUCGGUAUCGUGGACCCGGAGUGUCGUAUGAUUGGUCUGCGGCUCUAUGACGGUCUUUUUAAAGUCAUCCCGUUGGAUCGGGAUAACCGUGAGCUCAAAGCCUUUAACAUUCGUCUGGAGGAGCUGCAGGUUAUAGAUGUGCACUUCCUGUAUGGGUGCCAGGCUCCGACCGUCUGUUUUAUAUAUCAGGACCCUCAGGGACGACAUGUGAAGACGUAUGAGGUGUCUCUAAAGGAGAAGGAGUUCAGUAAGGGUCCUUGGAAGCAGGAGAACGUCGAAGCCGAGGCCUCGAUGGUUAUUCCCAUUCCUGAGCCUUUCGGUGGCGCAAUAAUCAUCGGCCAGGAGUCCAUAACAUAUCACAACGGAGAUAAAUACCUGGCCAUCGCUCCUCCGACAAUCAAGCAAAGCACGAUCGUGUGUCAUAACCGUGUGGACCCGAACGGCUCUCGCUAUCUCCUGGGUGAUAUGGAUGGAAGGCUGUUCAUGCUGCUGCUGGAGAAAGAGGAGCUAAUCGAUGGCUCUAUGGUGCUCAAAGAUCUACGGGUGGAACUGCUGGGAGAGACGUCCAUUGCUGAGUGUCUGACCUACCUGGAUAACGGCGUGGUGUUUGUUGGUUCCAGGCUUGGAGAUUCUCAGCUGGUUAAACUGAAUGUGGACAGUAACGAUCAGGGCUCGUACGUGGCGGUUAUGGAAACGUUCACGAACCUGGGCCCAAUCGUGGACAUGUGUGUAGUGGAUUUGGAGCGGCAAGGACAGGGGCAGCUGGUGACCUGCUCCGGUGCAUUUAAGGAAGGUUCUCUAAGGAUCAUUCGGAAUGGCAUAGGAAUCCAUGAACACGCCAGUAUUGACCUGCCUGGAAUCAAAGGAUUAUGGCCUCUUCGCUCAGAGGCAGGCAGAGACACCGAUGACAUGCUGGUGCUUUCUUUCGUUGGCCAAACCAGAGUGCUGAUGCUGAGUGGAGAGGAAGUGGAGGAGACUGAACUUCCAGGGUUUGUCGAUAACCAACAGACAUUCUUUUGCGGAAACGUCGCUCACCAGCAACUCAUUCAGAUUACUUCCGGUUCAGUGCGACUGGUCACGCAGGACAGCAAGGCUUUGAUUAGCGAAUGGAAGGAGCCUCAGGGCCGGAACAUCAGCGUGGCUGCUUGCAAUUCCACCCAGGUGGUGCUAGCGGUGGGUCGAGUCCUCUACUACCUGCAGAUCCUCAGUGGAGAACUAAAGCAGAUAAGUUCCACAGAGAUGGAGCACGAGGUGGCGUGUUUGGACAUCACUCCUCUCGGGGAGAGCAGCACGGAGUCCACUCUGUGUGCCGUGGGUCUGUGGACGGACAUCUCGGCCCGAGUCCUCCGUCUGCCCUGCUUCAGCCCUCUGCAUAAAGAGAUGCUGGGUGGAGAGAUCAUUCCACGUUCGAUCCUGAUGACCACGUUUGAGGGCAGCCAUUACUUGCUGUGUGCUCUGGGAGACGGCGCUCUCUUCUACUUCGGCCUGGACUUAGAGACAGGCACUUUGACUGAGCGGAAAAAGGUGACUCUGGGGACUCAGCCCACGGUGCUCCGGACCUUUCGCUCUCUUUCCACCUCCAAUGUGUUUGCGUGUUCAGACAGACCCACUGUCAUCUACUCCAGCAACCACAAGCUCGUCUUCUCCAACGUCAACCUCAAAGAGGUCAACUACAUGUGUCCCCUCAACUCCGAGGGCUACCCUGACAGCUUGGCUCUGGCCAAUAACAGCACUCUGACCAUCGGCACCAUCGAUGAAAUCCAGAAGCUACACAUUCGCACUGUACCUCUGUAUGAGUCACCCAAGAGGAUCUGUUAUCAGGAGGUGUCCCAGUGUUUCGGUGUGCUCUCCAGUCGAGUGGAGAUGCAGGAUGUUAAUGGAACCACGGCUCCCGUUCGCCCCAGCGCUAGCACUCAGGCUCUGUCCAGUAGUGUGAGCUCCAGUAAGCUUUUCCCCAGCAGCACCUCCCCUCAUGAGACCUCCUUCGGUGAGGAGGUGGAGGUGCACAGCCUGCUGGUGGUGGAUCAGCACACUUUUGAAGUGCUUCAUGCCCACCAGUUUCUGCCCAGUGAGUACGCUCUGAGCCUGGUGUCCUGUAAACUGGGCAAAGAUCCUGCAGUCUACUUUAUCGUCGGCACCGCUAUGGUCUACCCUGAGGAGGCGGAGCCUAAGCAGGGUCGCAUCAUCGUCUUCCACUACACCGAUGGUAAACUACAGACUGUAGCAGAGAAGGAGGUGAAAGGUGCCGUGUACUCGAUUGUGGAGUUUAAUGGCAAACUGUUGGCCAGCAUCAACAGCACCGUACGCCUGUACGAGUGGACGGCAGAAAAAGAGCUGAGGACUGAGUGUAAUCACUACAACAACAUCAUGGCUCUGUAUCUGAAAACCAAAGGAGACUUCAUCCUGGUGGGAGAUCUGAUGAGGUCUGUGCUGUUGCUAGCGUACAAACCCAUGGAGGGAAACUUCGAAGAGAUUGCGCGAGACUUCAACCCCAACUGGAUGAGUGCGGUAGAGAUUUUGGACGAUGAUAAUUUCCUCGGUGCAGAGAACGCGUUUAACCUUUUCGUGUGUCAGAAAGACAGUGCUGCCACCACUGAUGAGGAGCGUCAGCAUUUGCAGGAAGUGGGCGUGUUCCACCUGGGUGAAUUUGUCAAUGUGUUCUGUCACGGUUCCCUUGUGCUGCAAAACCUUGGUGAGAGCUCCACUCCAACACAGGGUUCUGUGCUGUUCGGAACUGUUAAUGGAAUGAUCGGGCUGGUGACAUCCCUAUCAGAAGGAUGGUACAGUUUACUGAUGGAUUUACAGAAUCGACUCAACAAGGUGAUUAAGAGUGUGGGAAAGAUUGAGCACAGCUUCUGGAGAUCUUUCAAUACGGAGAGGAAGACGGAACAGGCUACAGGUUUUAUCGACGGAGAUCUGAUCGAAAGCUUUUUAGACCUGGGACGGGCAAAAAUGCAGGAAGUGGUCAGCACGCUACAGAUUGAUGAUGGCAGUGGGAUGAAGCGAGAGGCCACAGUGGAUGAAGUGAUUAAGAUAGUGGAGGAGCUCACCAGGAUCCACUAACCCCACUGCACUGCACAACGCUCUGUACAUAGAUAUAAAUAAACCAGAUAGAGGUGUGUGUGUGUGUGGGUGGACAAUAUAGAUGCGUGCUCUAGAAAGAGGUGCGUGCGUGUGUGUGUGUGUGGAGAGAGUGAGGGCUGAACGAUAAGCACUCCUUUAUCAUUGCGUUAUCAGGCCACCGUGAUUUAAGGUGUUCUGAGAGAUGAGACACACAAAAGGAUGCUGAUCACAUGAUUUAGACUUUUACUCGUGACGUUUUUGUCCAUGUGCUCUUUGCCCAGUCUUUACUUUUAAUAAAGCUUGCUCCAGUAAAA